AUGGUCUCAUUCUUCAUGAAGACCCCCGAAGACUCUUUGACUGAAGAGAAAGACAACGAAGCCGUAUAUAAAGCCAUUAAAUAUAAAUACGACGAAUUGGGGUCUAUUUCUUUCUACGAGUUCUCAGUUCUCGUACUAUUCGUGUUAUUACUGCUCCUUUGGUUCUUCAGAGACCCAGACUUUCUCAAGGGUUGGGCUCUUUAUAUGAAUGAUCAGCACAAUUUCAUAAAGGACUCGUGUCCGGCCAUAUUCAUAGUCAUGUUCUUCUUCAUAAUUCCCGCGAAUCCAACAAAUCUAAGACAAUCGGCACCACUACUGGACUGGAAGACCACUCAGGACUCGGUUGCCUGGGGUAUCAUUUUGCUCAUUGGCGGUGGCUUUGCGAUGGCUGAAGGGGCUGAGGUGUCGGGUCUGUCGUAUUGGAUGGGAACACAAUUAACAGUAUUGGAGCACCUGUCUCCCUUUGCCAUCACAUUGAUUGUAUCCAUAAUAGCACUGAUACUGACAGAAAUAGCGAGCAAUACGGCCACCUGUACUAUAAUGUUGCCGGUCAUCAAACGUAUGGCAAUUGAACUGAAAAUAAGUCCAUUAUCAGUGAUGUUACCAGUGACACUUGUCUGCUCCUAUGCAUUCAUGCUUCCGGUGGCCUCAGGAACUAAUGCUAUUAUCUUUGAAACGGCAAAGAUGAGGAAUAAAGACAUGAUUGUUCCUGGAUUUUUCUUGAAGAUUAUAUGUCUUUCAAUAACUCUAUUCAUGAUUAACACGUGGGGAUCAGUUGUACUCGAUAUGGAUGGCUUUCAUUACAAUGGCACCCAUUCAUUUGAUGGACAGCUAUUGACUACACUUAGGGCUUAAUUUUUAAAUAUAGAUCUCAAUUAAACUAUUAGUUCACAUACUGUAC